GGCAUUGGAAAUGGUUUUCCCCUUGGUGCCUUUGUAACAACUCCAGAGAUUGCAGAGGUCUUAACCCACCGGAAUUACUUUAACACCUUUGGUGGGAAUCCUGUUAGUACUGCUGCAGGGUUGGCUGUUUUAAAAGUAAUAGAGAAAGAACAGCUUCAAAAAAAUGCACUUGAGGUUGGGACCUAUUUGAAAGAAAAGCUCACUAGCCUAAAGGACAAAUAUGAAUUGAUUGGUGAUGUGAGAGGAAGAGGCCUGAUUCUAGGAGUUGAACUUGUCACUGAUCGUGAGCUUAAAAUUCCAGCAAAAGCAGAAACAUUGCAUGUAAUGGACCAAAUGAAAGAAUCAGGGGUACUUAUUGGCAAGGGUGGUUACUAUGGAAAUGUCUUCAGAAUUACACCCCCCUUGUGUUUCACCAAAGAAGACGCAGAUUUCGUAGUAGAUGCAAUGGACUUGACCUUGUCUAGAAUGUGAAGCUUAGACCGGAUAUUCUAGCUUUAAUAAAAGUAUUAUAUUAUCAUAAGUGAAAUGAUGUAAUGCCAUAUUCACAGUCGGUAAAAUUUACAGAGAUGCAGACUUAUUAGCUAAAAUAGCCAACCUAUCCAUGAUCUUAGGACAUAAAUGAGCCAACAACUCGUUGUCUCUGGUCUGAUGUUUGUACCUUUUCAUAUGAAGGAGCCAACAAUUCGUUGUCUCUUGUCGUUUA